CUCUCACUCACUCUUCAGAUUCACCUUCUUUCUCUCUCUCUCUCUCUCUCUGGUUUUUUACUGGCCUCGUCUCUAUCAGCGAACCAGUUUUUCACUCUCGCUGUGAUUGUGAUAUGAUAUUAUCUUCUCUCUGAUUUGAUUGAUUUCUUUCACCCCACCCCAUUUAUUCUCGAAUUAAAAAACCUUUCAAAACUUUACUUUAUUUUAUUUUAUUUUUGUGGGGGUGUUGUUGAGUUUUCCUCAGAAAAUUGAUUUCCUUUGUAUUGUCGAAAAUGCGGUGGGAAAAGGUUCAGGUGAACCCCAUAUCAGGGGUAGCUGAAGCAGGAAGCGUGGUUUCUCCGCCGGGGAGAAGGUGGGGACACACCUGUAACGCUAUCAAAGGUGGCAGACUUGUCUAUCUCUUCGGUGGUUACGGCAAAGAUAACUGUCAGACCAACCAGGUUCAUGUUUUUGACACUGUGAAGCAGACUUGGAGCCUGCCCCCGGUGAAGGGGACUCCACCUACUCCUAGAGACAGCCAUUCUUGCGCAGUCAUUGAUGAUAAUCUAUAUGUGUUUGGGGGUACAGAUGGGACCAACCCGCUGAAGGAUUUGCACAUAUUAGACACUUCUUCACAUACAUGGAUUUCUCCAAGUAUAAAAGGAGAAGGGCCAGAGGCACGUGAGGGUCAUAGUGCAGCAGUUGUUGGCAAACGGCUAUACAUCUUUGGUGGUUGUGGAAAAUCUGCAGAUAACAACAAUGAGGUCUACUACAAUGAUCUUUACAUAUUGAAUACAGAGACGUUUGUUUGGAAGUGUGCUACAACAUCAGGCACUCCACCAUCUCCUCGUGAUAGCCACAGUUGCUCCUCUUGGAAAAACAAAAUCAUUGUGGUAGCGGGUGAAGAUAGCCGUGAUUAUUAUUUGUCUGACGUCCAUAUCCUUGAUACUGAUACUCUAAUUUGGAGGGAGCUGGUCACUUCAGGCCAAAGGUUGACACCACGAGCUGGUCAUUCCACAGUUUCUUUGGGCAAGAACUUGUUUGUUUUUGGUGGAUUUACGGAUACCCAAAAUCUAUACAAUGACCUUUAUAUGCUUGAUAUUGAUACUGGUAUUUGGACAAAUGUUACAACUACAACCAAUGGUCCUUCAGCCAGAUUUUCUGUAGCUGGUGACUGUUUGGACCCAUUUAACGGUGGUGUUCUAGUGUUCAUUGGUGGUUGUAAUAAAAGUCUCGAGGCCCUGGAUGAUAUGUAUUAUCUGCAUACAGGGAUUGCUAGGGGAAGUGAACAGAGACCAGAGAAGUUAUCUUUAAGGAAGCAAUUGAAGCUGAAAUGCCAAGAACAAAAUCUCAAUCCUGGCCAAAAUCAAGGUCUUGCUAGAUAUGGAAUGGGUGCUGAUACUAGCCCGAUCAUGACCGUGUUGAAGUAUACCCAGCCAGGUAGACAAAAUAUCCCAGUAAACCAAUCCCUGCUUCAUUCUGGAAAGAAAAUGUUUGAAGCCAAGGUUUCUGAAAACAUCUCAGAUGGAGGAUUAACUAUUGAAACUGUUAUUGAUGGAAAGCCGCUACGCGGAGUUCUGUUUUUAAACAAGCCAAACUCUUUGAACCCAGCUGGUCUUGCCUUCAGUAGGAAGAGGACUGCUAGUGAAAUUGAUGGUGUUAUCUCAAACGGUACACACCCUAACAUAUUCAAGACUCCUAAAGUGCUUAAGCAAAAUCAAAUGGAAAAUAGACAGUCAGUUCAUGGAGACAGUUCAGAAUCUCAUGAACACGGUUCUGGAGCUGUUUCUGCGCUUACACCAAAUAACCCAAUUACUGCCACUGCUUCUGAUACCUAUAAGGUUUCUGCGAAUCCAGAACCAGAAGGCGCUUUGUUGAAUCAAAAUGACGAAAAACGUGAAACACCAACAUUAGGGGAAAACUUGAGAAGUGAUGGAGCAAAUGACAGUUCCAAAGGUGAAGCCCAGACAAAUUAUCAAACAAUUGUUCCCAUUUCCAACUUAGAAGUUCCAACAGAUGAUAAAAAAAGUGAUGCACCAAACGGCAAAACAGAAUUUCUGGAACCUGCACCAACUGCGUGUUUCUCAAAUCAAGGUGCAGUGGCGGAUUCCUCAAUUCCAAGGACAGGAGAGUGCAGUGAACCAGCAAAAUGAAUUGAGCUGAUGGUAGUGGACACCUUGUCUGCUUGACGUUUGUACAUACCUUUCCUCAAGGUGACCAUAUAACUGGUGAUAUAGACUAACAUCUUCAAUUGGAGGGAUACACAUUAUGAUCUUCUGGCUGGCACCCUUUGAUCUGAAAUUUUUAUUCAACAAAACCAUGACUACCUUAGGUGUAGGUAGUGAUAGAACCAGUUCUUAGUAUGAAACUAUUGAGUUAUCUAUUUUUUUUUUCCAUUCCUGUCUUCUCCUUUCAUUGUAAGGGAAGAAAAUUUUGUUGAAAGCCUAACAUCUACUUCAUCUGUCAUAGCUCUAGGAUUACUCUAUUGUUACUUUUCCAUCUUUUUAUUACAAUUAUAUUGUCUGGAGUUGCAUUGA